AUGUACAAUGAUGAAAGCAGCAUUAUUCUCGUCCAUGGUGGUGGAUCGGAGAUCAACGCUUGGCUUCUCCGUACCGAUCAUGAGCCUAAGUUCGACAACGGCCUUCGCGUCACCAAUGCUCACUCUAUGGAGGUUGUGGAUAUGGUUUUUGCUGGGAAGAUCAACAGGAGUCUCGUCGCUGAGAUCAACAUGCUUGGUGGCACCGAUGUUGGGCUUGGCGGCAAGGAUGCUCGCCUCCUUAAUUACAGCAAGGCCCUCCUCGGAUCUGUUGAGCUUGAGAACCAAAUUUCUCUUCAGUUAAUCAAUCUUCAACAGGGUUUGUUGGUGGGGUUGCGCGUGUUGACAGACAUUGCUGGGAUCAUAGAGGACCGAAAUGAUCCGGGAAGCUUGGUGAAAGAGAUUGAUAUCGCUGGAAUAAGGAAGAUGAUGGAGAAGGGUAAGGUGGUUGGGGGGAUAAUCCAGAAGGGUGCUGCACUCGUUGCUUCGAGAGAAUCUCACAGACGAGGCGCUGAGACGAAGAUCAUUGCAUGA